GGGGCGAGUGUACUGGGAAUUUGGGAUCCGCGGCACCUCAUCAUAAUCCAGACACUGUUAUUGGGACAGCCCCGCUUCACCCUGCUGGAGAUAUAUUAUCGAGGAUUUGCCUCAGUUACCAGUGGUCUCUUUCAGUUUCGGGUCGCAGCACAGACAGGAGGAGGGACAUGGAGGCGGCCGGCGCGGGGAAAGCGGCGGCCGUGUGCGUGACGGGCGCGGGAGGCUUCAUCGCCUCGUGGCUCGUCCGGCGCCUCCUAUCCAGAGGAGACUACGCGGUGCAUGGCACCGUCCGUGAUCCCAGCGACCCCAAGAAUGAUCACCUGAGGGCGCUGGCCGGCGCCGGCGAGCGGCUGCGGCUGUUCAAGGCCGACGUGCUGGACUACUCGAGCGUGGCGUCCGCCGUGGCCGGCUGUGCCGGCGUCUUCCACAUCGCAAGCCCCUGUCCCGCCGCCAAAUCGACGAACCCCGAGGUGGAGCUGCUUGCCCCGGCGGUGGCCGGCACGCUGAACGUGCUCAGGGCCUGCCGCGAGGCCGGCGUCCGCCGCGUCGUCGUGGUAUCGUCGGUCGGCGCGGUCUUCAUCAACCCCAAGCUCCCCGAGGGCCCCGUCCUGGACGAACACUGCUGGUCCAAUGAGGAGUACUGCAGAACAACUGAGAACUGGUACUGUCUGUCCAAGACACUAGCCGAGCGCGAGGCACUCUCCUACGCAGAGAAGACCGGGCUAAGCGUGGUGACCGUGUGUCCCUCGCUGGUGUUCGGCCCUCUGCUGCAGCCCACGGUGAACGCCAGCAGCUUGUUCCUCAUCAACUACUUGAAAUGCGAAGGCGCGGACGCCAUGGAGGACAAGGUGAGGAACAUGGUGGACGUCAGGGACGUCGCCGACGCCCUUGUACUGGCGUACGAGAGCCCGGAGGCGGCCGGCCGCUACAUCUGCAGCGCGCAUGCCAGGAAGGUCUCUGAAACGGUUUCCAUCGUCAGGAGCAUGUAUCCGAACCUGAACUACCCAAAGAAGUACGUUCAGGUGGGAGAUCAGAAGGUGUUCAGCUCCGAGAAGCUGCGGAGGCUGGGGUGGAAGUUCACGACGCUGGAGGAGAUGCUUAAGGACAGCGUUGAGUCCUACAUGGCUGCAGGAAUCCUAAACUGAGCUUGGCAAUGCGACUGUCAAACAAACUGAAUUUGGCCAUGGUGUAUGUGCAAAAGGAGUGAGUGUGAGGCCUUGUACAAUGAAAGAUGCUUAAAAAAAUAAAUCGGAUUUUUCUGAAGCAUCGACGUCUAUUUCUAUAGAAGAGACGCUUAGUUAAGCGUCUGUCUUGUACAAAUAAGCACAGGUGCUUAAAAAAAUUCUGAUUUAUUUCUCUAAACACCUCUCCUAAGCAUCUCCCAUUGUACAAGGCCUGAAGUGUAGCCAGAUGUUGCUAGUUUCAAUUCAUGGGCAGCUGGUUAGCUGAUUUGUGCCA